AUGUUGGGUAGCUUGUUUGAAUUUGUACAACCGCUGGAACGAAACAAAUUAGAAAGAGAACCAUUACUUAUUUUCCCACGGAAGUAUUCCCACGACGUACUUGCUGAUUACUACUAUUCUACAAUUAGUAACCAUGAUAUGCUUACUAUGCCCACUUACCAACACGACGAUGAUGCAUUUCGUUCGCUAAUUCACGUUGCUCUACAGAUAUGGGGUGAUGUUAUUGCGAUACCUGGACAUGAAGGCCUUGAUGUCGCUGAGGCCACUGCAAUUGACUGUGUCCCUGAUAGAUUAUAA